AUGUGUACUGCAACCUGCAUUGCCGAUACGGUUACCAGAGGUGUUGCGAAGAAUGACCACGACUGUUGUUGCUCUGUUGCUGAUGGAUUUAACGUUGUAAAUGAGCCCGAUGAACCUCGUUUGACUGAACAUGGAACUGCGUUGAUGUUUAUGCUGUUCUGCGAUGCGAUGCCAUGUGUGAUACGACUCGAUGACGUGAAGAUUGAAAACUUGCCUGGUGCGGAGGCCAGCGGGCCUCCGCGGACUCCUCAGACGCUUCGUUUCCUGCCUUGCUGGUGUGUUCAACGGUUUGGUGUCGAUGUGCGAGGUCUUCAGCCCGAGCUGCGCGUGACAAUGCUGGCCAAGCCUGCCGGACGCUGCUCUGCUUGGACGAGAAGGUUGAUUGGUACCUCUCAACCUUAUUUUGCGAUAGGCGCACUGCAUCUGAUGGAGGACAACCCUUAUGCCGAACGUGCACACUAUUGUGCUGGCGCUUAACGCCUCUGUAGGUGAAACCUUAUGUUUCUUUCUGACACAGCCUUCACGUGAAACGUGCACCUUGUAGUGCUGGCGCUUAACGCCUCUGUUAGUGAAACCAUGUGUUUCAUUCUGACGUAAAUUUUCUGACACAGUACUCAAACGACAUAUAUCUGACAAAAUCACAUGCUUCAUGCUUUUAAAUCGGGCAUAAUUAUUGUACAUUCAAUUAGGUCUUAAUUGAAUUUUGAUUGGCAAACUGUAUACUUUCAAGACUUCAAAUACAAACUCAAA